AUGGCUGUCAAAGAAGAAAGCUCUCAUUGGCAGUUGCACGAUUUGUUGAGUUCUCCAAAGCAGGAUAUUGUUUACUACCCAAGUUCGCACGACAUAAUCUGUCUCAAUACCAAAUCUCGCUCACGAGAGCUUCUCACGACUUUAAAAUAUGAACCGCGAUGUUUGAUAGCCGCCAAGGAUUGGGUAUGCGCCGGAGGAGAUAGGGGUCAAUUCACGAGCUUCUAUGUGGGAGACGGGGACAGACCCGGUAAGAUCGAUUCGUUUCUGGAAGUCAGUGCUGAUGCCGAUGCUCGUUUACCUCUCAUCCUCCAACCAACUGCAAGAGCAAUUCAGAGGGAAUCUUCCAACGAUUCCCGAAGAUCUAGUCCUGAUGCCACUACUCCACAUGUAUCGAAAAGGGUCGGUUCUGACGUUGUAAACUGCAUAACACUUUGGUUCCCAUCAGAAUCAUCAUUACAAACGGGAUAUACAGAUCCGGUGGCUGUUGCGGCACUCAACGAUAGUUCUGUUACUAUAUUGAGUUUACAUGACUCGGAGAUUUUAGAUACCCUCAAAUACCCUGAUUAUGUGAAUCGUGCUGUAAUAUCACCGAAAGGUGAUCUCCUCGUUGCAAUCUGCGAUGAUCCAUUCCUUUACAUUCACAAAAGACAGAUGAAGCAAGUAUCACAGUCUCGUUUUAGCUCACACAUGAAUGAGUACGAAUGGGUGUUUUCUGGCAGGAUUCAGCUCCAAGGGCAACGACCAGCGGAUAAAACUUCUAUGAGAGGCUCAUUCGCAGCAUGCUUUUCUCACUCGGGCAGAUAUCUUGCUGUAGCCACUCAAUACGGAGUCAUAUCGAUUUUCUUGACCGAACUCCUUACUAAUGAUGAUGUCGAUCCAUUACUAGUCACUUUCACUACAUCGCGGCCCAAUGUUGAAUCUGGAGCUGUCAGAGCCAUGGAAUUCUCGCCAAACUCCUUCGAUCUCCUUGCUUGGACUGAAGCCAGCGGACGCAUUGGUGUAACAGAUGUCCGGGAUUUGUUUACUUCUAGGCAGAUAAUCGAUAUCGAUUCUCGCGGGGAUGGCGUUGAACGGGUUUGGGUGAUAGAGCGCUCAAAUGACCCUAUGACGAUAGAGGCUAGGAUUGAUGCAAGGCUUCGUGCUUUUCGUACUGAGUCGCCCUCCGAGGCUUCUGCAAAUGCAAUACCGGACUAUCUAGGCUUGGAUUUCGAGCGACAGCAACUGAGGAAUCUUACCCGCGAUUUGACAGAUAGACACCAACUUCCGCCAACCCUUGAUGAAAUGGAGAUAUUGCAGGCACAUCGAAUGGCCCGCCGGCAGAGAGACGCAGCACGUGAGGCUCAAACGCAAGCAAGCAGCUCCAGAUGGGGCUCCUUGGAUGGAGAAAGAUCGGUGAAUGCAUCCACAACAUCUCGCGAUGGUUCUGGCAGCACAGAACGCCGCAUAUCUACGACCGGUCUGCCAAGUGCUUUGCGAGAAUUCGUGAAUUCUGAUCGCACCCCUGCUUCAUUCCGAGCGUUUAUUGACAGGCAAAACCAGGAUCGAGAAAGACGCGCAAUGCAGAAUGAGAUUAGACGGCAAGCAUCAUUAGUAUCGGGUGAUAACUCAAUGGAUAUUGAGUCUGACGGAAGUCUACGGACAAGCGCAGAUACGUUUUCUGGCCUGGAACGUCUGUCACUCGCCCCUCGUCUUUCCACCAUAAGCUAUGAGACCGCUCCUAACGCUUGGGCUGAGCUUGAGGAGAUGUAUCGAACGCGAUUCCCUCGAGAAGCCCAAUCCGCAGCUCAAGCUGAGGGAGUAGAUGAAGAAAGUCGAACCUCUGCUCAAAGAUCAAGGCAGCAACCAUGGCGACCGUUGGAUGCACUUACUCGGCUCAGCCUCGAUGUGAGGAACGAUAGUAAUUUGUCGAGGCGAGAGCGGGAGGGUAGGAGCGAACCAGUUGAAACUAUGGGGCUCGCCUGGAGUGAGGAUGGCAGGCUACUAUAUAUUGGAGCUGGAGAUGGUAUUCAUGAGUAUCAGCUUACAGACGUACCGUUAGCCAAUGUUCAAAUAAAAGGUCAUGUGAUGUCGUGCCUCCGUGGUGCCUAA